CGCUUCUGGACGUCAUUAAAAAUAUAGAAGUCCCCCAGGACUUUACGUCCCUCAUGGUCUUGAUAUGUCACCUAAAAAACGGCAGAAUGAUCCUGCAACGCCUAAAAAGAGUAAGAAGGAGAAACGAGUCGAGCUGGCCGUGAUCAACUCGGAUCUGAGGGAUGAAGUUAUUCAGAAAGGCAUGAGAGACGCAUGGCAGAAGAAAGACAGCUUUUCUAAUGGCAAUGUGCGGUUGGACUGUGCACCCUUCCCUCAUUGUCAGAUUACCAAUUUCCUUCAGAGUGAAAGCUUUGUGGAAAGUCUACAGACUGAAUUAUUGCAGCUCCAUUUCAACAGCAAGUCCAAUGACUUGUACAAGUUUCAACAGUCAGAUGAUCUGAGAGAAAGAAGAGAGCAUCAUAUCUCACAGAUAAGGUCCAUCAUUUUUGGGGAGUUUCGUUUGUGGUUGUCAGAGGUGUUGCAGGUGGAUUUGGAGACUACUGUUGAUAUAUCCUGUGCAAAAUAUGAGCAUACAGAUGUUUUGCUGUGUCAUGAUGAUGAGCUGGAGGGUCGAAGAGUUGCGUUCAUCCUCUACCUGGUGCCUCCUUGGGAGGUGAAAGAUGGAGGAACACUGGACCUGUUCAGCACUGAUGAACACUGUCAGCCUGUGAGUGUUGUGAAGUCUCUACUUCCUCGCUGGAACUCUCUGGUGUUUUUUGAAGUGUCCCCUGUCUCCUUCCAUCAGGUGGCAGAAGUUCUUGCUGAAGGGAAGUGCCGUUUAUCUCUCAGUGGUUGGUUUCAUGGCCAGUCCCUGCCAAGACCCCAGCGGUACAUGGAACCCCACGUCCCUCGUCACACACAUAUCCUUAGAGAUGAGAGUUUAAUCUUUGAGUGGGUGAAUGAGAUGUACCUGGAUCCUUGCUAUCAGGCUCAGGUGCAGCAAGAAUUUGAAGAUAGUUCAGAGAUUUGCUUGCCUAAUUUCCUACAGGAGGAAAAAAUAAGGCAGGUGCGCAGUGCACUGCAGUCAUCUGAGAUCCAGUGGCAAAGGAGGUGUCCGCCCAAUAAGAGGUGUUAUGGCCGUGCAGAUAUGCAGACUGUCCCUUCAUGUGUAAAAGAAUGCUGGGAACUUCUCUCAUCUGAGCCGUUCUUCAUCCUCUUGUCCAACAUGACUGGCCUUGGACUGCACUUUCUGACUCCGUGCGAUGAUGAGGAUGAUGAGGAUGAUGAUAAGAGCGAAGAUGGAAAGAGUGAGACAGAGAAUGGAGAUGGGGAAGUGAAAGAAGGUACGGAGAAUGGAGAUGGGAAUACACAUGCAGGAGGAUCCAGCAGUACCACAGAAACGUCUUCAGCUGACAAGAAAGCCAAAGGACCUCCUACUUGUGUGGGAGAACUGCGUCGCUGGGCUCAGGGCAAUUACACGUUAUUACAUGACUCAGUCAAAAGAGAGUAUGCUCUGGAUCUUCAGCUUCACAUAGGCUGUGCUGGUUGGAAGGCAGAGUUUGGAGGAUUUACAUCCUAUAUUGCACAUGAUGAAGAUGAGGAGCUCCUGACAGUAUAUCCAGAAGAUAACUGCCUGGCUAUGGUGUACAGAGACAAAGACACACUCAAAUUCAUCAAACAUAUUAAUAACAGCAGCUCUGCAAACGUUUCUGCCCAAAAUACCACCGCUUUUUAUGACUUCUCUUUUAAUUACUAUGAAUAAUGAGGUAAUGUAUUGGAUCCUUGUUUUAAUGUUUGUGACAACAUUGUUCAAGUACAUUUGUAGUAAUUUAAGCGUCAGAGCUCAGUAUACAUGAUAAAGUGUGAAAUUAAAAGGCACAUUUAUUUUUGGACUGAAGACCCGAAUACAAUAUACAAAUGCGAGCAUUUGUGCUGUCAAUAAAUGUAUUACAAAAAAUUACCUGAAUAAUGUCACCUGUUUACAUUUGAUGCCCACUGUAUCACAGUGCAACUACACCACACAAAUAUUUUGUGUGGUCCAUGACAAUCACAUAAUACUUGAACACAUUCUCUUACAAAGAUUUUUUAUAGCAUUUAACUUACAAUUAUUUUGAAUUAGUUACAGUAUUUUUUAUGAAAAAAAAUUAUUUUUGUUUAAAAAACUAAACUGGUUGAGAAACCCUGAUGAUCAUCUGUUAUUUCAGCAUGAUUUAAGAAUGUUAGCAUUCUGAACAUCUUGUGUGCCUUAGUGGAGGUAAGGAUAAGUAAUGUAGAAAGUAGUUAAAACAAAUAUUAGUUAAUGCUAACAUUAUUCAGUGAUCUAGAGAUCUAGUGCAGAAUAUGCAGGUGCCAGUACCAACCUUUCGUAACACGAUAAUAGCUGGAACUUUUACCGUGGGUGAUGGAUUACAUCUUUGUUGUUCUUAAUAACAUUUUAGUUACUUUUUAAACACGAUGUGAUAUCUACAACAUGAUAAAUAAUAAGUAAAGUACUUUUAGAAUUUAAGAAACAUUUAAUUAAAUUCAAACAUUUAUAUAUAAUUAAAAAAGAUUUAUAGUCUGCUGAAUAUUAGUUUUCUUAAAUAUUUGUUGACAUUUAGUUUUAAUUUGAAAACUUCGUAGGUGGAGACUAUAUUCAUGAGUUAGAUUU